CAAUUGAAAUGUAUUUAUGUAUUAUAAUAUACCAGUGUGCGAGUCUGACGAUGUUGAGCGUCUUCUCUCUCCAGUACAGCAGGAGGCGCUCUGCAGCUCUUUAGUCCGCCAAUAAACCCACUAAAGAAAGAAAGAGCUCGCGUGUGAUGUGUUUGUGUAUGCUCAGUGGUUUUCUCUCUUGAGUGUUUUAUUGAGUGUAAACAGAGUCUUGUCUGAGUUGUCUCUGUGUAUUUUAGUGUUGAUGAUGGAUGUGAUGUGCUGUAAAUCAGUAGGAACUGAUCUGUCCAUGCUGGAUAUUGAUGAUUUCAUCACAGAAAUCUCUCAGCUGAAGAAAGAGGUGGCGUUACUGGAGACAAAGCUGAGGUUAAGAGGAGAUGAAGGACUGAAGAGAGAGGACUCCGAGCUCAGUCUGACUUUACUCUGUUAUACUGAGUCAAAGCACACAGACGCUCAGGACACUACAGUGUGUGACAGUAAUCAGGACUUACAGGAUGAGGAAUCUACUGAUCAAACCUCCACAGAGUCUCUGGAUUCUGUCUGUAACGCUGGAGAACAGCAGCAGAUCCUGCAGACCAAACUCAACAUGUGUUCAGUCAAUCUCAUGGACAAUGGAAACCAAAUGCAGAUGAGAACAGAAGCCACAGCAGAUGAAUAUGAAGACAAACAUAAUGAUGGUCAUGGUUUUAUUCUCUCAGAUGUAAAGAGUGAAUUAUGUUUGGAUGAAGAAAUAACCUCCUCGACUCUUUCCUGCAUCACCGGUGGAGAGACAUUGAGCUCACAGAGACAUUUAAAGAGAAAACACAAAGAACAGAAACUUUUCACCUGCAGGAGAUGUAAGAUCAGCUUUACUACCUUACAAGAGAAGAAACUUCAUUCAGAAGAGCAUAUAGAGAAAAAGAAGUCGUCGUCGUUUGACUGUGAGCAGUGUGGGAAGAAUUUUGUCUUCUUAUCUUAUCUAAAAAUUCAUAUGAAGACACACAGUGGUGAAAAGCCUUUCUACUGCACUGAAUGUGGCCAUUACUUCAGCACCAAAGCAAAUCUUGAUUCUCAUCAGAGAAUUCACACAGGAGAAAAACCAUACGAGUGUCCUCACUGUGAGAAGAGAUUCAGCCAAAAAUCUAAUAUGAGGAAACAUGUGUUUACACACACCAAUGACAGUCCGUAUCAGUGCAGUGAAUGUGGAAAGACCUAUAGGGAUUCAAGUAAAUUAAAAUCACACCAAACAAUACACACUAAAGAGAAACCCUUUCAAUGUUUACACUGUGAUAAACGGUUCAAUCGUAAAACUACUCUUACAGCCCAUCAGAUACUUCACACUGGAGAGAAACCUCAUUACUGUCAUGUCUGUGGGAAGAGUUUCAGUCGACGUGAACAUUUAGUGAGACACCAGAGAAUUCAUACUGGAGAGAAACCUUACAAAUGCUCUCAGUGUGAGAAGACUUUUACUCAGUCAGGUCACUUUAAAACUCAUCAGAGACUUCAUACUGGAGAGAAACCUCAUCACUGUAGUGUCUGUGGGAAGAGUUUUAGUCAUAGAAGCAGUUUAGUUUCACACCAGAGACUUCAUACAGGAGAUAAACCUUACGUCUGCUUUAUCUGUGAGAAGAAAUUCACUCAUGCCAAAAGUCUUCAAAAUCAUCAGAAGGAACAUACUGAUGAAGAAAUACACUGAAAUCAUCAUAGCAUCUAAAAGACUUUCCAGACUGACCGUGUAUAGGUCCUAUUCUGCAUGAAUGUUCAACGCUAUAACAUGCUAUGAAAGCAAUAGCUUUUAUUAUUAAUGAUUUUUACAUUGACCUCGGUUAUUUGCGACGAAAACAAAUUAGCCUAUAAACCCUUUGUACAAAAUUAUGACGUGGCAAUGUAUGCGCGCGCAGUUUGUCAACAUAAGUAUAACGUGAAUCAGCAGUGAAGCAACACAGACAGAGAAAGUUAUUUUAAAAAGUUGACUUUAUCAACUUUUUCAACACAGCUACAGAUCUGUGUACUAUAGUGGAGUGGAUAGAAGACUGUAGCAGAUGCCCAAAUAUAAAGUUGCCAGAUAAAUAUAUACAUAUAUUAGUAUACUAUACAACAGUUCUUUCUGGUUCUCGAAUCUGAUUGGCUAAGAGCUAUACGAUAUUGUGCUGAUAACGGCACUGUAACCGCUUCACCUUUCGUAUUAUUCCGCCACCUAGUGAAUGGAGGUCCUAAGCAGGCUCAUCUCUGAAUGGAAAAACACAGACGCGCUGUUUGAAUCACUCUCUGUGUGUUUCAUUAGUUUACUAGCUCAUAAAUCAGUCUGUGAAUCCCCAAUCGGAAGUUAUUAUUCCGUCAAAGAUCAGCGCUCUUGGAUGUUACGUUAAAGUUAAUGGGAGUAAUGUCUUGUCACAUCAUGUGGACGAUUAACACUUGGAAAGAGGAAUAUAAACACUCGUUUUUUUCUGGAGCUAUAUCUUUUAUCAGAACGCGAAAACACAGUGGAACUGCAGGUAAGCCCCGCAGCUUUUAAAUGUGGACAUUGAUCAUUUACUUUAUCGUGACGUGACUAUUAAAACAUAUUAUGAGAUAUCGCCACUGGUAUAUUUAUAAGCAGCAUGCAAAAACAUCUCUCUGACACUUAUAAAAAAACGUUUUGUAUAGUACUGACAAGAACAAAGUUUAAUAAUAAUAAUCGAGUGCUCGUAUCGCGUUAAGAAUAAAUGAGAAAGCAAUAGUAACGUUACACAAGUAUAGUUUUAUUAACUUUUACCUCGCGCCAAAACAAUAACAACACAAAAGACACUAAAUAUGAAUAAAAAAACAAGUACUAGUUUGAUCAUGACACCAAAUACUGCUGAUUUGAUCUCAUUUUGACGAUCAUAAACAAACAAGGCCAACAUGAGAGCCAGGGAAUCCCUUUCAGAAAUGUAGCCCAGAGAGGGCGGUGGUCAGCGGGGCGAGUGAACACUGAUGUCCGCUCAUGCUUUGGUUCUCAUUCGUAACGAAUCUCACUA